AUGGCGCAAUACGCUGCGUCGCCCGGCGAGGUCCCGACUGCUCAACACCAAUCGACACCCGCCCCACCCCCUCCAGCGGGCUCGACCAGGAGCGAGACGCCCUCUCAGCAGUCCGGACUGGCCCAGCAUAAGCGCGUCUACCAGGCCUGCAUACCAUGUCGGCGCCGGAAGGUGCGCUGUGACCUCGGGUCCGUCGACAACCCCCACGACCCUCCCUGCGUGCGCUGCCGCCGCGAGUCCAAGGAAUGCUACUUCAGCGCGACGCGGCGGAAGCGGAAGACCGACGACGACGGCGCGAUCCAGUCGCUUGAGAACGUAGAGCAUGACGACUACAUCAUCAGGAACGGUCGCAAGCGCCUCAACACGACCGCCUCGUCCCCGUCUUCGGCCGCCGCUCCGGCCCCGGUCUCGGUGAUCGACCGGAGGCUGUACAGCGAUGUGCCGCUCACCCCCGGCGGUUCACACGGGAGGGCGCAUCCUGUGAGGCGGCCUGGUGAUGGAAGAAGCGAAUCGUUGUCAGCAAGUGGUGGAGUCAAUGGCGAGAGACGGAGUACCAGCGAGUUUGGCAACGUCGAACCGAACCAACCCCUCGAGAACCUCGAGGCUAGGCAGGUCAUGCGAAAGGGAGUAUACGGGCCGCAUGAUGCUUUAGACCUGCUCUACAAGGCCGCUACCGAUAACAGCCCGUCGCACAGGCACGACGAACCCCGUUCUCCGAUGCGCAGCAAUCCCCAGCCGAACUCUCGCCAUGCCGGUGAAGACCCGGCUUCUCGCAAGCAGCCGCAGAGCCAGGGCAACGCAUACCACGUUGGGCAGGAGUCCCGCCAGGGCGCCAGUCUCGACCAGCCCAUUGAUCCUGCGCUCAUCAAGCUGGAGCCUUCCACGGGGCCGGGUUACGCCGAGGCGCUGCAGGCUUGGGCGAGGUUCCGCUUUGUACGAGCCGGAUGGUUUACCGCCAGCGAGGCGAUCGAAUACAUUGAUUACUACUAUGAAUACCUAUCGCCCUUGACACCGAUUUCGCCGCCUACAUUCCGCAAUCCUGCGUCCCAUCUGACUCUCCUGACGGAAGAGCCGAUCCUCACGGUGACCCUCUUGACCAUCGCGUCGAGGUACAGGCGCAUGGGUGGCACGGGGGGCCAUUGUCGUUCGCAUGCCAUUCAUGAGCAGCUCUGGACUUACCUCCGCGGCAUGAUAGAGCGAGUUGUGUGGGGUCAGGAAGCCUUCGGUGGCGGGUUCUGUGGUUCUGGGGUGGAUGAGGCCCAGAGCUCCAGCACUGCCCCGUGGAGGGGACUCCGCCGGGGCAGCUUGAGAACCCUCGGCACAAUAGAGUCGUUGAUGAUUCUUACCGAGUGGCACCCGCGGGCUCUCCACUUCCCACCCAGCGAGGCAAUUGAUGAGCUUCUGCUACCCGCGUCCUAUACCAGUUCCGACAACAACGUUGACGAGGAUGGGAACCAGCGGCCCGCCUUUGGAGGGAAGAGGAUCGAGAGCUGGCUCGAACCUGCUUGGAGGAGCGAUCGCAUGUGCUGGAUGCUUCUCAGUACCGGCAUGGGCCUCGCAUACGAGCUUGGCGUAUUUGACGACAUCGAUGAAAUGCUCACCGCGGGAGCAAUCACGAGGCCGGAAUAUGAGGAGGAAACCUAUCGCCUACGGGCAUAUCGCAUCAAGAGAUUACUUUUGAUCUAUCUGACCCAGCUCGCUGGAAGGCUUGGCUGGACUAGCAUGGUUCCCGAGAGUCUUCGCAGGUCUGACCCCGUCGUAUCACGGAGGCGUCCGGCCUCGGGUGAAGGCGCUACGCCGGGGACAAAUGUCUCCUCGCUGUCUAAUACUUUCAACUACAUUCCCGACCUAGAGCUUGAUGACCAGAUCAUCCACUGUUGGGCCGGUAUCAGCAACGCUAUGCACGUUGGGAACGAAAAGCUCUUCAGAUCCAGGCAGCACACGACGGACAUUAUCCAAAACGGGAAAUAUACUGUCCUCCUCAAGGAAUUCCAGCCGAUGCUGCAGGAUUGGUUCAAAGAAUUCGAACGUUUCAGGCUGCCUCCGCACAUUCGCCACAUCCUCACAAUCGAAUACGAAUACGUGAGAAUAUACGUCAACUCCCUCUCGCUGCAAGCCGUCGUGGAGCGGUGUACCAGCAACGCGGGUGGUGCCGCAGCCCCCGGGGGGGUUGUGUCAGGGCAAUCCGCACUGCAGCUUUCGCCUCAGACGCAGAACUACUACGGCAAGCUUCCGCUGGGCCAGCUUGGCGGCUUCACCGCCCAAGACCAGGAGUACGUCAAAGAGGUUGUUAACGGCAGCCGGAACCUGCUGCGGACCGUGGUUGAGGGGCUGCUUCCGGGCGACUAUCUCAAGCAUGCCCCCGUCCGGACGUAUUUCCGGAUCAUUAGCGGCGCCAUGUUCCUGCUGAAGACAUUUGCUCUUGGUGCUCCAAGGUCGGACGUCGAGAUCAGCAUCCAACUGAUGGAUCGGACCGUCGACGCCCUACGGAACUGCGUCGCGGACGACGUCCAUCUGGGGAUCCGUUUCGCCGACCUGCUUGAAUCUCUCACCAGCCGUCUCCGCAACCGCUUUAUUCACGCGCCGCCGCCGCCAGUCUCUGCUGCGGAUGUUCGAAGCCCGGGCCCGAAUCAGGCCGAGUCUGGAAAUGGGGCCGGCAUGAACGGACUGGGACAGGCAGGCCAUCAAGCAGGCGGAUCGGAAUCGUGGUCAAGACCUCGGGAAGGAAUGCCCGAGCGAUCCAGCACGCCGGCCAACAUCUCGGCCACACCCUUCGACCUGGCAUCGGGCACCUUCCCGUACCCGCCGGGUCCGGCGUCCGUGCUCGGACCGACGACACCGGCCGGCAUGACCGGCGGCCUGGGCGAUAACGGCGGCGGCGGCUUGACUCAGGCCGCCGGCGGCGGCGUCAACAACAACCAUGACCACGGGCUCAUGGACGGCUCCGACUGGAACGACCCCAGUAACGAGAUGUGGUACCUGCCGCCCGGACCGGCCUUCUUCCAGAACAUGGACAAUACCAGCGUCGCGAUGACGGCGGAGGGUAUCCACGUCGGCGGGCUUGACCUGCUCGAGUACAUGGCCAUGGACCCAAUGGAUGGCCAGUUUGGCGGGAUGAUGGAUGGGAAUGGGUUCUGA